AACCAGAAGAGGAAGAAGAAAUGAGCAUUGAUGGUGAAGAACAAUCUGAUACUAGCAGUAAAAAAUGUUCCAAUAAAGGUACAAAUAUCAACUUAUCUAUACUCAAGAAGAAGACAAAGAAAGCAGUUAGAAGAGAAGAUUCGCACAUUUUGAAAAAGCUUAUCAAAGAAUUGUCUGCUCCAAUUCUACAACAAAGCUCUUCUAGUAGUAUUAUUUUUCUACAGACAUUCCCUGAUAUGGAUAUUAACUUGGUUAAUUUUUAUAAACUAGAUGAUAAGAUCAUCAAUGCCGAAGAUAGUAAUAAAAACUAUUCUAGAAGUGAUUCAUAUAUAUUAUUAUUUUGGGAAAGGCAUUUUCUGAACCAGAACAAAGUUUCAGAAGCUAAUCUUAGAAAAAGAAAGGAAAGAGCAAUAAAAAUCUUUAAACUCUUUGAUGUGGUUGGAGAGCAAAGAAAGAUAUAUUGUAUUAAAUCUUUUUCUGUGUCAACUAUUUCAAGACUGGGUAUGAAUAAUAUUGGUUAUGUAAAAGCUAAAGUUUUAAAAUUAUCUCAAGUGUAUUUUCCAACUGUAGAGCUAUUGAGAAAGAGCAUUCUCGAAACAGCAGUAAAGCAAUAUACUAAUAAGCUUAGCAAUGCUAUAACAAUGUGUAAGCUUCAAAAAUUAGAUACUAUUGUAAAAAAGUUGGAACAAAUAUCUCAGAGGUUUUCAAAGAUACCCCAGAUUAAUAUGGUAAAUACUGGUUGCUCCAUGAAAGUUGAGGGAGUGCUAAACAAAGUUUGUGGGUAUUUAGAAUGGCUUGAUUUGACUUCUAUUGAUUCAAGUGAUCCAAUAGCAUCUAGAAUUAUAGAUAUUUCUAAAGGAGUAGAUAGCAUGGCAGAUAAGUUAUUAGUAGAGACUAAACAGGUUUUUGAGAAAAUUGAAUUAAGUGAACCAGAAUUUUCAGAAAAAAUGAUUACCAUGCUGGAUGAAUUUAUUAAUACAUACGAGUUAUUGGGACCCAAUUUCAAUCUGGCUCUUGUUAACCCUAUUAUAUUUCCAUGA